UUACACAAGAAGAAGAAGAAGAAGAAGAAGAAGAAGAAGAAGAAGAAGAAGAAGUUGCUCCAGUUUUGUAUGAUUACUUAAAGUAUCCGGAUACUCGCUGCAGUCUGCAGUGAUGCAUGAAGCUGCAGAGCACUUCCGGUCGGGUCACGUGCUCCGGUGUGUUGACUGUGGAGAAAUAAUAAAAUCAGAGUGCAGCUCUGCAGCAGAGAGGCUAGCGGCUAACGGCUAACCGCAGAGCUAACUGUCCGCAGAGGAACAACACAGCAGAACCUUCAGCACCGACAGAGACGGGAACACACCGAACACACGGACAGAAGCAUGAGUUAACCUGCACAGAACCGCUAACGCUCUCAGGGUGAUCAGGUGUGUGUUUGUAUCAGCAGCAGGAUGCCCAUCCCUCCCCCUCCUCCCCCACCACCAGGGGGACCCCCACCUCCCCCCACCUUCAGCCAGGCCAACACCAGCCCCCCCCAGCUGAGCAGAGAGGAGACUAAAGGUCGCGGCGCUCUGCUGUCCGACAUCUGUAAAGGCGCCCGGCUGAAGAAGGUGGCGGUGGUGAACGACCGCAGCGCUCCGCUGCUCGACAGUAAGAGCCAAACACCAAAGAGCCAAACACCUCCCACAGAUCACCCAUACAUUCGCUUAUACCAAUACCUACACCAGCAACAGAGCCAGCCUACACAGCAGGGGGCGCCGUCCGAGGAGCAGCAGAGGCCGGCCGGAGAUAAGAAGAGCGCUGCUCUGACACUAGACAAGCCCAAAGGAGGCGGAGCAGCAACAGGAGGAGCCAAUGGCAGUGCAGCAGGAAGCCCGUCAGGUUCUGUUUCACCAAUCGGAGGCCUGUUCACGGGCGGAGUUCCAAAACUGAGACCAGUCGGAGAUGGUUCUUCUGGACGUUCUCCGUCCACUCGUGCCGCAGCACCCCGCCCUCCUAGCCAUCGCCAUGACGACACAGAUAGCCCCUCCCCUCAGGCGUUGUCGCCGAUGGAGACGUCUCGCUCCCAGCGUCCCUCGCUGCCCAACCUGUCUUCCUCUCCCUCUCCCUCCUCCCCCUCCUCCGCAGCCUCCUCCCCCUCCUCCAGCAUGAAGCACUCCUCCUCCGCCCCUCCACCUCCUCCUCCUCUAUGUCGCCGUGGUAACGCCCCCUCUCCUCCCUCCUCUAAUUACAACAGGGAGAAGCCCCUCCCCCCGACCCCCAACAACACUCCGCCCCUCCCCUCCAAACCUCCCCCGUCUCCCGGCAACAGCAGACGCCCUCCCACCUCAGGUGGAAACCCCUCCUCAUCCUCCUCCUCCUCUCUGGCCCCGCCCCCUCCACCUUACCGAAUCAACGGUCCGACAGGCAGCGACGCGGCGCCCGAUCUGCCGCAGCGUCAUAACUCCCUCAGCAACAAGAGAACCGCCCCCUCACCGGGAGGCCACACCCCCACCAGAGGUCCGGCCCCUCCUCCUCCCCCUGCCUCGCCCACCCCCUCCCAACAUGGCGCCAACAGGCCGCCGCCCCCCGUCAGAGACACGCCAGGUAGAGGAGCAGCUCCUCCUGUCCCAGGCCAGUCGUCAAGGGCGGGUGGCAGAGAAGCCCCGCCCCCUCCUCCUUACAGGACACAUGGUAGCCCCUCCCUCUCGUCUGACCCCCCCGCCAGAGGGAAGCCUCCUCCCCCACCCACCCGCACCCCCGCUGCUCCUCCCCCGCCUCCCCCUCCUCUCCGUAACGGACACUCGUCCUCCACCUCCUCCAUCCCUCGUUCAUUUGUCGACGAUUUUGAGUCCAAGUAUUCGUUUCAUCCUCUGGACGACUUCCCUCCUCCAGACGAGUACCGACACUUCGCCAAGAUCUACCCCAGCAAGGCCAACAGAGUGAUGAGAGGAGCUCCUCCGCUGCCUCCUGUGGGCAGGUGAACCACCAAGACUACCACACACACACACACACACACACACACACACACACACACACACACAUGCACACACACACACACACACACACGCCUUCAUCCUGUUGGAUGACAUCAUGUUCAACUUUGCCAUCCUCCAUCACUGCCUCAUCUACGCUCACAGCUGAUUGGCUGAGGAGAGCUUUGAUCACAUGACUGACUGUUAGAGAGCACCCUGCAGAGAGGAGCAGCCGAUGAAGAGGAGCAGCCGAUGAAGAGGAGCAGCCGAUGAAGAGGAGCAGCCGAUGAAGAGGAGCGUCUGCUCAAAACUCAUCUGUUUUAGUUCUGACAUUUUUGUUUUUUUGUUUUUUUUGCACAAGCACUUUUUGUUUGCAAGACGAGCAGCUCCACCUGCAGAUGUGUGUGUGUUUGCAGGUUUGUGUGCGUGUGUGAAGGUGUGUGUGUGUGCGGGUGUGUGUUUGCAGGUUUGUGUGCGUGUGUGAAGGUGUGUGUGUGUGUGUGUGUGUGUGUGUGUGCGGGUGUGUUUGCAGGUGUGUGUGCAGCUCAUGAAGAAGUGGAGAAGAGUGUUUGGAGCUGAAAGCUGCUGCAGGGACUCUUUCAAACUAACAUCACUAACAUUAAACAUGAGUUCUGCUGCGUUACGAACAGAAUCCUCCAGAACCCGACCGGACGAGUCGGUCCAGUCUUCUGAUUUUCAUUCACAAACAAAAUGAAAGAGUCUCGUUUGAAUUUAAUUCAAAUUAUUUUAUUUUCCAGGAAUAUUAACAUUUCUGUAAUCAGAAAAAACUGAUUGUAAAAGUUUCUUUCAGAAAUGUUUUGAGUAAAAUUACUGAAACUUUACUAACAUGAAUAAAAAUCAGCUGGACGGAAACAAACUGUCAGAACGGAGGAGACGACACGUUUCACAGGAUUAUGAACUGCUGACGAACUCACACUGAUCUCUGCUCCCUCAGAGGACCGGGUCUGGGUCUGGGUCUGGGUCUGGAUCUGGAUCUGGAUCUGGAUCUGGAUCUGGGUCUGGGUGUGGUCCAGAAAACCUGUGAGCUGCACUGGGAUCAGUUUGUGUCCUGUUAAGUGUUGAGACAGUCAGGAGGACGUUUGGUUUACAGCAGGAUGAAAACAUCUGGAAAUGCUCCAACUGCAUCAUCGUCAUCACUCACACCUGUCCUGGCGAUGUGACGCUUUAUUUUGGCGGGACGUGGCCUGAUGUGACCACGUCACGGACACGGGUCAGUUUCUGAGGAGGACGAGUCUUUAAGUGCCAAGACAGACAAAACGAACUCACCUGAACUCACCUGCUGCAGGCCGCUCAGUUGGUGAAGGGACAGACAAUCAGUCAAACAGGAAGUCUUCUGCCUGCAGCAAGGACUCUUCCUUCCUUGCUUCCUUGCUUCCUUGCUUCCUUCCUUCCUUCCUUCCUUCCUUCCUUCCUUCCUUCCUUCCUUCCUUCCUUCCUUUCUCUGACUACAAACUGAACUUGUUGCAUGUCGUUUUCAUUUCAGCGUUUUGUGUUUGGCAGCAUGACGGCAAUGCUUCAAGUUUCUACCUGCAGUGUUAAAUAAUUACCCAUAAUGCAAAGUGUUUCAGUUUCAUCUGACCUCAGAGAAUCACAGCGCCCGGAUUUUAAAGGGAUAGUUUGUUUUUUGAAGUGGGGUCAUAUAAAGUCCAUAUCUAUAGUGGGUCUGUUUCCUACAGUAAUCACUGAUCAGCGCAGCCUCAGUGUGGAGACGCAGAGAGCCGCUCAGCUUUGUGCUGCAGUGAACAGAGUCCAGAGGAAAAGAGAAAUAAACCACCUAAAACAAGGCUCACCUUAAAAAAUCUAUAACAGUUCAAGUGUACGUUGUAAAGGGAAAAUUCCCACCGCUUUACAUCGCCAUCAGGCCGCCCUUUCUUUUGGCACUACAUUUUCUCGACCGUAGGACCUCCGUAUCCCUCCGCAUUUACAGACCCUGUUCACUGCAGUACAAAGCUGAGCGUCUGGCUGGAGCAGCUCUCUGCUCUCUACUCUACUACUAAACUGAGGCUGCGCUGAUCAGUGAUUACUGUAGGAAACAGAUCAACUAUAGAUAUGGACUUUAUAUGACCCCACUUCAAAAAACACAAACUAUCCCUUUAAUGAAACAUGAAAGAAAAAAGUCUCAGUCAAAAUAAGAGAAGAAGAAAAAGUUGUAAUAUGAUGAGAAGAGAUCAGUAAAAAUAUCUGUUCAGAAACAACAAAUGAGAAGAAGCGACGAUUAAAGUCUGUUUUAUUAGAAAAGUCUUCAUUCUAAUCACUAAAGUAAAUCACAAGAAUGUGAGUUUAAAGGAUUACAUGUUAAUAUUAAAACAAUCAUCAGAAAAGUCAGAACAGAAUUGAACCUUUUUAUUUGUUCUCAUUAAAGUAAAUUAAUUAAAUCUUUAAUCUUGUGAUUCUACACGUGACUUUAUUGUUACGACUUGUUACAUUCUUGUGAAAACCUCAACCUGUUCGUCUCCAUGUCCCAUUUAUACAAGUGAAACAGUUUAAUGAGAAAUAUUUUAUGAUAUAAGAAUAACAAGUCAGAGAGUUUAGAUUUGGCAGAAAGAAUUUGAUCGAAUGAUGAAGCAGUUUGAAACGUUGGAAACAAAACGACUCGAUUGUUCGGUCUCGACGUUCUGAAACACUUUGUCUCAUUCUGACGUUUUUAUUCUCAAACAUUCAAACGUUCACUCGUGAAAAUGCGUCUUUAUUCUUUUAACGCUGGUUGUUUGUGAACUUUAAUGCUUCGUCACUCAGUCGUCUCUGUCAUCAGAACUCGUCCUGUCGCUCGUCUGCGUCUGGGCUGUUGAACGCUUCGCUGUCUUCAUGUUUUAUUGAUUUACAGAAGAUGAUUCCAGUUUGAAAUGAUCUGCGCUCUGUUUGAAGAUUUGUGAUGUUAUGAAGUGAUGACUGUGUUUCUGUGGAGCUUCAGCUCAGUUGCAGCUGCUUCACUCUCGUCUCAGCAGGACGGAGACGUUGGAUCUGUGAUUCUUUACGACCGUUUAAGACAAAAAAUACACAAAAUACAGUCUGAUAGAAUUCAAGAACAAAACAGAUAAACUUUUAUAAAAAAUGAUGUCUAGUUUGUAGAAUUGAAGAAUUUACAAAAUGAAGGCAGAAUUCAAACAUUAAAGCAGAUUUAUGUUUUCUUUUUAAACACUGUUUUAAAGUUUCUUUGUGAUUUUCUGUUUGAUUCACUUUUUCUUUUUAAAUGAAAUGUUGCUGAAGUCAUUCAAGUGUUGUUGUUGUAAUGUCACUCAGAAAACCUUAAAUCAUAUUAUAUAAUCUGAAGUCGUGAAGGUAACUUCUCACCAGGGUCCAUUCAAAAAACAGGUCAUUUUAAUGUUCUUUUCCUGGCGGGCAGGAUUAUCUGUCAGAGUGCAGGUGUGAUGACUCCUGAUCUGAUCACUUGUUUCAGGUGAAUCCAGCUCUCUGCUUCUCUUCAGGCAACUCUUCAGUUAGAUACUUAAACGUAGAUGCUUUUUCUCUUCUGUACUAGAUUCCAUUCAGAAAUCAGCUAAUUUAACACCCUCUUGAUUAUGGGCGGCUGUUCAGAAGUGACAGCUGGUAAAGUUCGGUGGCUCUGAUGGUCCACAGUCACACUACAGAGGAGCUAACGCUGCAUUUUUAACUGCGACAGGAAGUCCCGCCCGUCUGUUUGCCUUACAAACUGUUGGCUGUGAAUCUCGUUCAGUCAUAAAUUGUAAAAAGCUUCUAAACAAACAAACAUGUUAAUAAAUGUUAAUAAAGUGACCUAUGUCCUGUGGUGGAGGACGGCGGCGCUCUAACUGUAGUGAUGAUCGUAGCUUUAGACUCUCCGGGGCUGAAGUUGUCUGGUCCCAGUGUAACAGCAUGCUCUCUGACCGCUCUGUACUUUAACUGCAGCCGUCUGAAAUAAACUCCUGAUCAUCCA